AAAAAAAUAUAUUUGGCAUUUCCAUUCCAUUUUGGCGGCAUUUGUAAAACUUUCACCGCCUAAAAAUUUUAGGGAAAUUUUCAGCGCCUAAUUCACCGACUAAAACUCCUAAACCUAAUUUUCGGCCCCAGAAUCUCCAUCUCUCUAUCGCUCUGCUCGAAUCAGUGUGGGACGCAGCUGCUUUCAAUCAUCGGGAGAAGACAUGUCUUCACGGGCUUCUGUAUCGCGCGGUAUUGGUCGCCCGAUUCGUGGUCGUGCAAAUAAUGGUGCCGUUCUUGGUACUGGAAGAACCCGAAACUAUUCAGGGGAGCAAAUAACUAGCCAGAAUAUUCAUCACUCACCCAAAACCCCCCCAUCAAAUGCAAGUGGCUCGUUUGUUUCAAAUGCCAUGGAUGAACCAUUUACGCAGCCUAAUGUGACACAAGAAAGUGUCCCACGCACACAGCCCCGCGAUCACAUUGUACUCGGCGAUUUGAAAGUAAAUGAUAAAGUGAAAAAGUCUUUGGAGACUAUUGCCACAAAGUUGUUUACCGGAUGGCCACCCAACUAUGGAAAUUUAGAACCAAAGGCUCGCGAAGCAUACAUUAAUCAAUUCUCGAGCUUGUAACCCCUCAGACAUGGGUUAAAUUAUGCAACUUCUGGAACUCUGAUGAAUGGAAGAAGAAGUCUGGAAUUGCAAAGCGUAAUCGUGUUGGAAACCUUGGUGAUGGAGAAGUUACUGCUAAGACAAAAGGAAGAAAGUCGAAAGAGGAUUUGUAUUCUGAAAUCGCGUUAAAACUUGGCCGAAAUCCCACAAUGGAAAAAUUUAGUGAUAGGCGGUGUACAAUUGACCCUACAACAAACCAACCGCAUCCAACAACAUUUGCUCGUUACUUGGCGAGAUAUCGUGAAUGCAUGGAAGAAAAAUAUGGACCAGACCGGGCACAACAUCCGACGUUUGACUAUGAGAUAUGGAUUGGAAUUACUGGUCCUCCAAAAAAGGGACGAUUAGUUGGCGUACCAGAACAAUUAUCUCAUCCUCAUUUGUUUCAUCCAUCUAAACCACAGGAGGAUCGAUGUGUGGUUUUAGAGCGCCAGUUUGUUGAGCUCAAGACUCAAAUGGAGAUGAUGCAAGUUGGAAUGACAGAGCUCAAGGCAAUAAAUCAAAAAUUGAUGGAAGAAAAUUUAGAGCAAAGAGCCCAUUUCAAGUCUUCUAUGAGCAAUAUUUGGGGUGUUUUGAUCAAUAUGGGCGUUGUUAAUCCAAACACAAUCCCAUUUAAUGUUGUUACGGGAGGAGGGUAUUCAUCUCAACAACACCCGUCAUAUAUGUUUGGGCAGCCGUCACAACCCCAACAACCACUACCAUUCUGACAUCAACAACCUGCAUCCUUCAGCCAGCUUAUUCAGAUGAACUAUGCCCAAGCACAACACGAAACCUUGGGGGAUCAACCUCAACAGUUUGGUAUCACUGGUUUGAUACAACCUACUCAUCUGAACGUCAAGCACCUGUCGUCCUUGCAAAUCAACCAGCUGUUGCACCACGUGUUCUUCCAAUGCGUCGUACUCGCGAAAUCUCAUCUAGUGAUAGUUCCGAUGAUGAUGAGAAUAGUGAUGAUAUGAAUGAUGAUAGUUAGUAAAAGGGAUAAUCAGACUUUGCACCCCAUUUUAUUGUCGAAAUUAGACUUUGCACCCCGUUUUUGAAAUCUUUAGUAUUUGCACCCCAACCCCGUAUGAAAAGACUAAAAUGCCCCUCAAUUAAAAAUUUUGUUGGCCUUCAACAUAAUCAUGAUCGGGGGGCAUUUUUGACUUUUCAUACAAGGCUAGGGUGCAAAUACUAAUGAUUUCAAAAACGGGGUGCAAAGUCUAAUUUGGAUAAUAAAAUGGGGUGCAAACUCAAAUUAUCCCUUAGUAAAACAUGUAACACCUUUUGAAUUUGUGGUUAAGACUAUGUUCUGUGUUCUAUGUUUUUGGUGAAGACUCCAUUUUUGUGUACUAAAAGAGUGAGCCUUCAAGUGAAUAUGUAGUAUGUUUUGGAUACUUUGUGUUCUAAAGUUUUCUCUCAAUAAUAUCAGCAAUUAUUCUAUUUCAUAGCA